UCUCCACAGCUGCCUGGGGGUGGCAUUGGGGAAGCCUGGCAGGAGUGGCUUGAACGCAAGCCUAGCACCCCAAGCCUCUUCAUGACCCUGGAGACAUUGCCGUUUCUCUGAAAAGGGAAGGGUAGCCAUUCCCCAGCCUUGUGCUCCACCUUGAGGAUUCUGAAAGAUGAUGUGUAUGAGGUGCCUACCCGGGCCUGGUGUGCGCCAUGGCUCUCUCCAUCAUCAGGGGAGGUUUUCUUGUUCUGCCCUGUUCCAGUGGUGGUGUCCUGGUGUCCUGGUUUGAGCUGCCGUGCUGUGAAGGCAUCUAGGGUGAGAGUUAUGACUUCUGGGCCAUCUGAGGAGAGUAUCAGCAUCUACAGUAACUCUGCUCAGCUUACUGUAGGUCUAGGAGCAACUGGAGGCCCCAUCCCUCCCAGAUGGGAUCAAGCGCUAGCUGCAGCUGCUUGGUUAUUCAUGAAGACAGCAGCUGCAGCUCGGCCCUAGAGACAGCUCCAGGUGUGGUCGAGGUCCUGAUGCGUACUUGGACAGCUCACCAUCCAUGGAUGGAUGCUUGAUGGUGCCUCCUCUCACUCCUCGAUGGUGUCCCUACUUAGCCAGCUGUUGGUAUCCAUCCAGUAGCCCCAGAUACCCUGUCUGUCUGACAUGCAUCCUCUCACCCCCACCUCCCACGCUCACCUGAUUUCUACCCCUCACCCCGCAGACCCUCCCCACCUCACCCCACCCACACACCCAUCCGUCCAUUCAUCUGACCACCAGAACACCCAUCGAUCUCAUCAUCCGCUCUAAUUUGUUAGCUGCCCAGCCCUUUCAUUCAUUACUCACUUCCUUUAUCCAUUCAUCUGCUCAGCCAUCCAGCCACCCACCAAACCACCCAGUAUCUGGUCACUCCUCUCCAGACGCCCACACAUUUGUCAGCCCAGUUUAUCCCUCCAUCUGCUUGACCACCCACUUGUGCAUAUAUCUGUCUCCUCAUUCAUGGCUCUAUCCCUCCUCAUCCUUCCAGUCUGAGCUUUUGCUUUCGCCUUUGCCUUUGCAUCUUGAGCAAGAACAUUUCUCAGGUUCUCUGUGUCAGGGCCCACACUAGCCUCUCUGGCCUCGGAGGCUGAUGGGAGGUGGCGUUAGGUUGAGAGCAACUCUAGGAAUGUACAGGCAGCUUCUGGCCCUAAUGGGUAGAAACUGGGACAAGAGAAUCCAGGUCUUCAUAGAAUGGGUGGGAGAGGAGAGAGGCUGAGGCACACCUUGGGGAAGAGGUUCUGUAUUUUCUUCUUUGCUGGUGCGAGCAUCCCGGAGGGAAUGGAAAUUGGGGCUCACAGAGGCUUUGCGGAAGAGAGACACUAGAGGAGAGGGCAAGAGACAAGUUACCAGCACAGAAAGCUUCAUGGGAGUCAAGCUGAGGAAAUCCCAGAGGGGAGUGAGCAUGGAGGGCGAGGCAGAGAAGGAACAGAUAGAGGGGGGAUGGGAGGAUAUGCUAUUGAUAGGGUUGCUGCUCAGGGCAGGCAGGUGACUGGAGCUAGAACAAGCUGGGAACUAACUGGUUGGGGAUUCCCAGCUGAGGGUCCAGCCAAGGUGACACAUGGAACAUGUGCUUCCCAUGCCUGGAGUGGGGAGUGGAGCCAUUUACCCACUUACCCUCAGUGGUUUUGGGUCCCAGCCUGCCCCGUGCCUGGGCAGAGUGUGGUCUAACGACCAGAGAGCGUUUUAGGCAAAGAGACAUUGAUGUGGCUGCUAGAAUCAGGGCAAGGACUCUCGGAGUGGUGAGGGCUAGGGGAAGGGAGAGCAGCACUCACCCACCCACCCCCUUGCCUAUCUCCCUCAAGCCUAGCACAGGCCUUGAAACAGAAGUCCAGUGUGUGCACUGAUCUUGAAUGUUUACAGGGGAUCGGGGAAAAGGUUGUCUGAAGAUUUGACCAGGAAAUCUGGCUUGGAAAAAGGGCCAGGGAAUCACCUUCUCAGAUCUAAAGAAGGAAAUGUCAGCUGACCCGAUUACUUCUCAUUCCCUGAACACCCAUACUGAGCUCUUACCAACCAGAUGAACCUCCUUACUGGUCUUUGUGGCCCUAGCUCGGGCCAGGCCAUCUCUGUAAGUGACCCUUUCUGUUGCCUGCUACCACAGGUUUACCUUCUGGGCAGGACCUGGUACAAGCGAGAACAUUGUGUCUCCUCCUGCCUGCCUGGUUUCUCAUUUCCCUUGUGAUGAAGGCAGCAGGGAGCCUCUCGUGCUAAGACAGAUAGGUAGGGACUACAUUAGCUGCUCCGGGUACAGUGGGCAAAAGCUCUGUGGUUGAUUAUUGAAAAUGGCCACAGGCACCCAUGGAAGGAAAAGGCCCCAGCCAAUCCCAUGUUUGCCUUCUCUCUACAUGCGACCUCCAAGGAGUCUUUUGAUGUGGGAGCUUGAUUAGACAUACCCUGUCCCUUAAAAUUCUGCUGUUGUCUGCCAACUUGGGGGCAGUUUGUAUUGUAUGUUUUAUUACCAAAUGGGAUUGUGGGGUCUGGAGAACUGGUAUGGGAAUUUGGUGUCACCGAGUCUGCCCUCAGGGCCUGAGGUAAUUGAUGUUGUUUUCAUCUAGGCUCUCCAGAACAGAAACUCCACUCCCUAGCCCUGUGUGGCCCUUGACAAGUGACUCAAUCCCCUGAGCUUCAGUUUCCUCCCUGGAAAAGGGGGUUAACCGUCAUGGUCAUUACGGGGAUUAAAUCAGUGAGCAUGGGAGACUUUCAGACGAGCACCUGUCAGGUAGCAGCAGAUAGGGUAGAUAGAUUUUGACCCUUUCCUCACUCUGGAGGAGCCUAAGGGAGAUGGUUCACCUGGUGUUCCUCUUCUAGGGCCCACAUCUUCACAGUCAGCAUCUUGCUGACAUUUAGAAAUAUGGGCCCAAGCCUUGUCCCAGUUCCUCCCGGAUAUUAGCGAAACCUGAGGUGCCCAGAGUCUUGGAGACUGGCAUGGGAUGUCCUGCUCCAUCCGGAGGUACCUCCCAGUGACUCCCAGGCUCCACCCUAGGUUAGGUGGCAGCUCUUUUUGCUCAAAGCUCCCGUCCUGGCCCCAGCCAGUGCUCCAGGCUUACUGGAUGCUGAGGGGCUGUGCCUGCAGAUGCCAGGACAAGAAGCUGAUCUGUCUGUAGGUCCAGGACAGGUCAUUUCUUCCUGUGGAGUCUGUGCCCACUGUGCCUGGAUUUGUUUUGAGUGCCAUCCAGUUGCGACUCUCCUUGUCUAGUUCAGGUACUGUACUCCACGGAGUUACCUGUUCCCUCCUGGCAAUGCCCAGAGCUCCCACGGGCCAGCCUGGGCCUUGCUAACAUGGUUCUUGCUGUUGGCUUAAGCAUUGCUUUCUCCUUUAGCCUCAGCUUCCCCACCUAUGAAAAAGGGGUGCUGGACUCUUUUCUUACUUAGACCUCUUCAAAUGAAACAAAUCCUCAUUCCUUUUCUUCCCAAGUCUCUGCACAAACCAUUGAUCAACAGCUUGCCAGCCUGCCAGCCCCUGGCUGAGACUCUGCCUCUGGUUCUUGGAGAUCUUUUAGCACCUUCUUGCACAAGCCUUUGUGUGUGGGUCUCCUUCUGACACUAGGCCUGAUUGUGAUGCUAGUUUCUGCUUCUGGGUCUUCCUUUCGGGUCUGUCUUCAUCACACCCCAAGUGAGGGGCUUCCACGCCCUAGGGCUCUGUCUGCUUCUGUAUCUCAUGCAUAUUCUCUUGGCUCAAGGUGUGGAUCGGGUGUAAACUUCGAGUUGAUUUUCUCUGGUGUGGGUGGAAUAUCAACAGAAGUGGGCGUUCUCGGAUCUGUGACAAUGCCUAGGUGGUUCUAGGAAUGGCUGCAGCACACGGGUUAGCCAGAAGCAAGGCUGCUUUCCUGGAGCAGGGUUCUAGACUGGGAUCCCCAGUCUUUGAUUCUUGUGAUUCUGUUCCCUGCAGGCCAGCUGCUGCUCAUAGCUCGAGCCAGAGCCACCAUGACCCGCUGGACGUCCCUCAAGGCCUCUAGGCCACACAAGCCUGGCUCCUGGGAUCUGGCAGCUUCCCCCCGGCGUCUGAGUACCCCAACCUUGGCCACCUUCCCCUGGAAGGCUCAGGAACCCGGGGCUGAGAUGUCUUCUCAGAAUGCUCCCCGGGUUCCCCAGCCCCGUCAACCCUCUGCCUCCUGGCCUAGACAGAAACAGCAUCCACCAUUACAGCCCCAAGCCUCAGCUAAACAAGCCCAUGAAGUGCCCCCGCCUGGAGUCAGCCUGGGGGCAGGCCAGGGUCCACCAGACCCCGGGAUGACCGCAGCCAGUCGGGCCAACCCCUACAGCAUCGUAUCAUCAGAGGAGGACGGGCUGCACCUGGUUACCAUGUCAGGCGCCAACGGUUUUGGCAAUGGCAAGGUGCAUACACGGCGCCGGUGCCGCAACCGCUUCGUCAAGAAGAACGGUCAGUGCAACAUUGAAUUCGCCAACAUGGACGAGAAGUCACAACGCUACCUGGCUGACAUGUUUACCACGUGUGUGGACAUCCGCUGGCGCUACAUGCUGCUCAUCUUCUCUCUGGCCUUUCUUGCCUCCUGGUUGUUGUUUGGCAUCAUCUUCUGGGUCAUUGCUGUCGCCCACGGGGACCUGGAGCCAGCCGAGGGCCGUGGCCGUACACCCUGUGUGCUGCAGGUCCACGGCUUCAUGGCAGCCUUUCUCUUCUCCAUUGAGACACAGACCACCAUUGGCUACGGGCUACGCUGUGUGACUGAAGAGUGCCCGGUGGCUGUCUUCAUGGUGGUGGCGCAGUCCAUUGUGGGCUGCAUCAUUGACUCCUUCAUGAUUGGUGCCAUCAUGGCCAAGAUGGCACGGCCCAAGAAGCGCGCACAGACUCUGCUUUUCAGCCAUAAUGCCGUGGUGGCUCUGCGUGACGGCAAGCUCUGCCUCAUGUGGCGCGUGGGCAACCUGCGUAAGAGUCACAUCGUGGAGGCCCAUGUGCGGGCCCAGCUCAUCAAGCCCAGGGUCACAGAGGAGGGUGAGUACAUCCCACUGGACCAGAUUGACAUCGAUGUCGGCUUUGACAAGGGCCUAGACCGUAUCUUCCUGGUAUCACCCAUCACCAUCUUGCACGAGAUUGAUGAGGCCAGCCCACUGUUUGGCAUUAGCCGUCAGGACCUUGAGACAGACGACUUUGAGAUUGUGGUCAUCCUGGAGGGCAUGGUAGAGGCCACAGCCAUGACCACACAGGCUCGCAGUUCCUACCUGGCUAACGAGAUCCUGUGGGGCCACCGCUUUGAGCCAGUGCUCUUCGAAGAGAAGAACCAGUACAAGAUUGACUAUUCACACUUCCACAAGACCUACGAGGUGCCAUCUACACCCCGCUGCAGCGCCAAGGACCUGGUGGAGAACAAGUUCCUCCUGCCCAGCGCCAACUCUUUCUGCUAUGAGAACGAGCUGGCCUUCCUGAGCAGAGAUGAGGAGGACGAGGUGGCUACCGACCGGGAUGGCCGCAGCCCUCAGCCCGAGCAUGACUUUGACAGACUGCAGGCCAGCAGCGCUGCCCUUGAACGGCCCUACAGACGGGAGUCGGAGAUUUGAAUGCCCUUGGCUUAGAUGCAGCACCACCCUGACCACAAUAGGUCCCAUGUCCCUUGGGGGCCUGCGUUUGAGCAGAGCAGGCCGAAAGCCUCGGGUCACAGACUCAGUAGCAUCUUAGUCUUUUUCAUGUUUUUUCGCAGUAGCUUGGGAAAGUUGGCGGGAGCGUGGAUGGCCAAAAUGACUGGCUCACGGCCUCGGAGGCUGAUGUAUACCCAUGGGCAAGGAGGUGACUUCUUGGGGUAGGGUUGCUCAGGAGUUAGGGACUCUGCUGGAGGCCUUAGGUGCAGGUCCCAGCCCCGGUGGGAGGAGGCUGUGUAUGUACACUUCAUUGGUUUUUAACUUGGGCAAGACUGUUUACAAACAAAAACAAACAAACAAACAAUCAAAAAAAAAACCCACCCCACAAAACACAAGAAAACAUUAACAGGUGGUUCAAUUUUUAAAAUUCCUGGUGUGGGGACAGUUGGAAUUCUACUCAGCGCUGCCAGGCAAGCAGCUGGACGGAGAACCCUGAGGGUUCUCAGAGGUCUGUUUUCUCCCUCACGUGGGCCAGGGCCUUAAGCGAGUUGUCAUGCUUAAGGAUGAAUCAGGCUGCUUGUGACCAUGUUAACGAUUCUAAUAAAGUGUCUGGAUGUCUCUUGGGGGUGGGGCCCACUAGGGUGAAUCUGGCUUGCUCUUCUGUUUGAUGUUGUUGUACCUCAGCUGCCUCAGGGCUGGGUUUAGACACCCCUUCCCCCACCCCCACUCCGUACUCCCUGUUGUGCUUCCCUUCCUAUUUAGUCCCAGGUCUCCACCCCUUGCAGCGAGGGGGCAUAGGAAACACCAGAGUGGGUGCUUCUUAGAAAAGGACACUCAGGAAAUUAGUAUGGGGUCUGGGUCCCACAUCCCCAGGAAGUGGGUCAGCCCCACGUCCCCCGCUGGACUCACAGCUUGAGUUGUGCCUUAGAGACUCUGGUUGUCUGGCUUCCGUCAUUUCUGGUUUUCUCAGACUUGUUUAAUCUUUCCCUACUGCCCUAAGUCCACUCAUGAAGCUCCCCAGGCCCUUCUGAGAUUGCAGAGGCUGCUUGCUCAUAGCCAUGACCCUGCCUGCUUUUGUCCCACACUGCUGGGGCAGGAUGAUGAAGCCCUGCUGGUCCCAGCCAGUCAUCUCCUGCUGGAAGGCAGAGUCUAGGGGAGAAGAGAAACACCCCCACCCCCACCCCUAUCCCGCACCAGCCCCCUGCCACCAUAGAGAUAGACCAGAGAAAUGUCAUAAAACAAAGAAUUCCUGUUUAGCCUUCAAGGACCUAUGGUGGAACUUUUCCUUCCUGAGGCCCAAGCCGUGGAGUCUUCCUGUCGUGCCCCGUCAGGGAGACCUGAGAUAGGCUGGCUCCCAGGCACCUUGCUUCAGAUUCCAUGCUAAUUUCUAAUCUAGGAGAUUCCCCUAGGACCCGCUGCAGAGGCAUGGGCUCCUCUGUGGUCCUGGCCAGACCUCUGCCCCCAAAUCUCACUGACUGUUCUAGCCUUGGCCUUGGGGCCUAAGGGUGCAUUCAGCCUGGGUGUGCUUACCUGCCACUCACCUCUCUAUCUAGUUGUCGAGUCUAGGGAAGGGCAGAGGGUGGGUCCUGGCCACUGGGUGCCACUGUGGGAGCCGGGGCACCUGUCAUUCUUUCUGAGUAGGUGGGCCUGUAUCCAGAGCAGGGUCUAGGGGCUCCUGCUCCCGGCUCAUCUCAGUGGCCUGAAGCAUUCAAAACUCUAGCCAGCCCCAUCCUCCUCCCUGCCAGAAUGGUCCAGUCCCUGGGCCCUGCUGGAGAGCAGCUCAAACUGCCUUUCAUCUCUGCCAAAGGCAGGCAGAUGCUGUAUUUUCAAAUUCUCCUGCCCUCUUUUCCCCUUUUUCCCUGUAUUUAUUUAUUGCUUGUGCUAAAGACCAAACUAGCCGCCCCCUUUAGUGCACCCAAUGGAGGAAGCCACUGAGGGGGGAGCCGUGUGCCUGUGCCAGGCAGGAAAGCUUGGCCCCUGGGAAGUGUGUGAGAAGGAAAACCAGGGUGUGUGUGCACGCAUGUGCAGACGUGCUCACACGAUCGUCUCCCUGUGUGGGAAACUUGGUAUGCAGGUAUAUGGUAUACACAGGUGUUUAUAUACAGGUAGUCUAUGUCUGACCACAGGUAUGUGUGUGCUUGUUUUUUUUUUUUUUUUUUAAAUUUGGGUAAGGUGGGUUUCAUGCUCACCAACCUGAACUGGUCAGGCUGGAUGCUGGCCACAGACAUGAUCAGUCCGACUUGAGUCCCUGCCCUGCCCUGGUUAUGCAGGCUGUACGACGCAGUGUGCAUCAGUCUGAGGAGUCUGGUGGUAAGUAAGCCUCUGCAGCAGACCCUGUCGGAGGCCAUGGGGGCGUGUGUGUGUGUGUGUGUGUGUGUGUGUGUGUGUGUGUGUGUGUGUGUGUGUGAACAUGUGUGAGGGUGUGGAGGUCCCAGGGUGUGUGUAUGUGAAUGUCAGUGGCUUGGGUGCUGUGUGGAGAGAGAGAGAGAGAGAGAGAGAGAGAGAGAGAGAGAGAGAGAGAGAGAGCUGCACAGGAUGAAGCAGCUGCCCUGAGCCCAUCUGGUGCUGUGCACCUGGUCCUUGUCCAGCCGAGGGCCUGGGGGCAGAAGAACACACCAUAGGGAGGCCCUUGUAUGGGUGUCUGCCCUAUGUGAGGUCAUAGAAUGUUAAAUCUAUUUUAAACGGUGAAACUGGAGAAUUUUCAUGUUAUUUUCAAUAAUAGUGGUAUCUAAAGAUGUAGGCAACAAGACUAGACCACAUUAAAUGCAUUUUGAUCUCUUUGAA